AUGGGCGGCGUCGAGGGUAUGAUCAAAGUGAAGGUCAAGGAUAGGGAUGAGCCGUAUCUCGUCCCAGCCAUGGUGCUUGCAUUGAGUUCAGAGGUGUGGAGGGGCUGCUUGGCCGGCUCAUUCAAAGAAGGCCUCGCAAAGGAGCUUCAACUUACUGACGUGGCUGACGCGACUUUCCGUAUUCUGCUUGACUUUCUCCUGCCGGCAGCCGCUUCGAGCGGAAUCGUUACGGACUCGAACGUGUACCAGCUGACGGAGAUUUCAUUGAAGUACGAGAUGCCGGGCUUAAAGUCCAAAUGCACCUUGCACUUGUCAUCGAGGGACAUUUCGGCAGACAACGUUGAGCAACGGCUGUACUUGGCCAUCAAGUUCCAAGAUCAUGCGGACAGUGGCUUCUUCCGCGAGGACCUGCAACGCUGCAAGAGUUUCUUGAUCGAGAAGUUCAUGCACAUGGACACGUGCAAGAUUCUGCGCGCGGUCCAGACUCGUGUUAAGGAGGAUGCAGCACACGCGUCUUUGAGCCCCGCUGCUUUGACUGACCUGUGCAUCAACCUGACCUGGGAAGUUAUGGACGGGAUCACUUGCCGGGCCAAGAAAGCCAGAACGGCGUAUCGAAACGCAACACCUGUGGGGGUCCAACUUAACAACAUCCAACAUUGGGCCCCUGAUCUGUACAGAUUCCUGCAGUGA